GGGCGGCCUCAGCACUGAGGGCCAAGCAAAUAUUUGCGGUUAUGGAUUAACUCGAGGUCCAGACUGUCAUGGCGGCAGGACGGCGACCUUGCAAUUUCUCCCUGGCCCACCCCAACAGGUGUCAGCAACUUCAGAAUGUGGCAACUCUCAAGCCUCUUCCUGUUGGUGACCAUCUGGGGAACUUCCGCCACACCAGCUCCUCCUGACUCUGAUGCCUUCCUUUCCUGGCCUUUGCAUCAGCCCCUCCAGCCUCUCUUCCUCACUUCCCUGACCUGGUCCCUCCAUCCCAGCUGUCCCCAACAGACACCUCUCAGAGCUCUGGAGACAGACUCAGUGUUCUCCAGCAGAGAGCUCGCCCACCGGGUGCUGCGGAUCCGCAAGCGAGCCAACACCUUCCUGGAGGAGCUCCGGGCCGGCAGCCUGGAGCGGGAGUGCGUGGAGGAGAUCUGUGACUUGGAGGAGGCCCAGGAGAUUUUCCAAAAUGUGGAUGACACACUGGCCUUCUGGGCCAAGUACAUCGACGAGGACCAGUGCGUGGCCCCACCCCCCGAUCACCCGUGCGACAGCCCGUGUUGCGGGCACGGCAAUUGCAUCGACGGCAUCAGCGCCUUCCGCUGUGACUGCGACCCGGGCUGGGAGGGCCGCUUCUGCCUAUACGAGGUGAGCUUCUCCAACUGCUCGCUGGACAACGGCGGCUGCGCGCACUACUGCCUGGAGGAGGAGGGCGGGCGCCGCUGCAGCUGCGCGCCGGGCUACAAGCUGGGGGACGACCACCUGCAGUGCGAGCCCACGGUGAAGUUCCCCUGUGGGAGGCCAGGGCGGCGAAUGGAGAAGAAGCGCAAGACUGUGAAACGUGACACAAGCCAAGCUGACCAAAUAGAUCCAAGGCUCGUCAAUGGGAAGCUAUCCGGAUGGGGGGAGAGCCCCUGGCAGGUGAUCCUGCUGGACUCAAAGAAGAAGCUGGCCUGCGGGGCGGUGCUCAUCCACACGUCCUGGGUGCUGACAGCGGCCCACUGCAUGGAGGACUCUAAGAAGCUCAUGGUCAGGCUCGGUGAGUAUGACCUGCGGCGCAGGGAGAAGUGGGAGAUGGACCUGGACAUCAAGGAGGUCCUCAUGCAUCCCAACUACAGCAAAAGCACCUCAGACAAUGACAUCGCACUGCUCCGCCUGGCCCAGCCCGCCAUCCUCUCACAGACCAUCGUGCCCAUCUGCCUCCCUGACAGUGGCCUUGCGGAGCGUGAGCUCACCCAGGCUGGCCAGGAGACGGUGGUGACUGGCUGGGGCCAUCGCAGCGAGACCAAGAGAAACCGCACCUUUGUUCUCAACUUCAUCAAGGUCCCCGUGGUCCCUCAAAACGAGUGCAUCAAGGCCAUGCACAACAUGAUCUCUGAGAACAUGCUGUGCGCGGGCAUCCUUGGGGACUCACAGGAUGCCUGUGAGGGCGACAGUGGGGGGCCUAUGGUUGCAUCCUUCCGCGGCACCUCGUUCCUGGUGGGCCUGGUGAGCUGGGGCGAGGGCUGUGGGCGCCUCCACAAUUAUGGCGUUUACACUAAAGUCAGCCGCUACCUUGACUGGAUCCACAGCCACAUUAGAGCUGAGGAGGCCUCGCUCGAGGGCCAGGUGCUUUAGCUUCCCUCAGGCUUGUGUCUGGAGCCCAGAGGCCACUCGUGGAACGGGGUGGGGGAGUGGGGCUGGAUGGCUGAAUGCAACAGUUGAGACAUUAAAGGGGACAUGUAACAAGCACACCAGCUAUAGUUCUGUCUCUCUUUGCAUCCCUUUUCUGGGCUGUUCUGAAGGGAGUAACAUUUGUGGAACAUCUACUGCAUGUCCCACACUUUAUGAACACAGUCUUUUUCAGCUCUGUGGGGUGGGGAAGAGCUGAGCCAAAUUUGGUGGAGUCUGAGGCUGAUAACAUUUGGGGGAGGGGCUCUUUUUAUGAAAAAGAAUAAAAAAUGUGACCAUAAAACUGUGGAAGCCCCUCCCAGGGCCUUGGAAGGAGACUGCACAAAGCAGAGAUCUAGAAGUCAGAGCUUUACAGUACACCCAACAAUGAAGGUAGAGGUUUUAAGCUCACAUUACAGAGGGGAAAACUGAAGUUUAGGAGGGGUUACAUGGUGGAAUCAGGAUUCAGAUCUAGGCCUGACUCCCAACCCCCUGUGCCCCUGUGUGUUUUCCACUGUUCUUGGAGGGCAGCUGUGUUGAGCACUUGCUGGGUAUGGAGGCCAUUAUCAGCCCAGUGGGGGAAGUAGCCAGAGACUCAGAAGGUGUUGGUUCAGCUCAGAAUGAGCUCACAGCUGGGGAAGCUGUUUAAGAACAAUUUCACAAAGGGGUGCCUGGGCGGCUCAGUUGGUUGAGUGUCUGAUUUUUUAUUUCAGUUCAGGUCAUGAUCCCGGGGUUGUGGGAUCCAUCCCUGUAUCAGGCUCUGCACUGAGUGUGGAGCCUGCUUAAGAUCCAUUCUCUCUCUCUCUCUCUCCCUCUCUCUCUCUCCCUCUGCCCCUCUACCCUACUUGUGUGCGUGCACUUUCUCUCAAAAAAAAAAAAAAUUCACAUGAGCAUGAAUAGCAGUAAGUAAGCGGCUCUGUGUUGAGCCAGCCUUAUAGGCAUAACUGGAUGAGACAGAGAAAUAAGUAAGGAUGUACUUGAUAAAGAGGGACAGAGGUGAGACGAAGCUGAGACAAUUGGGCUAAAGUCGUACAACGAAUCUAACUCUUUGUGUAGCUGUGGCCAAGCUAUUCUCUUCUCUGGGAAUCAGUAAAAUAAAGGGAUUAAAUGACA